AUGGACGGGAAGUUACUCGCAGUCGUGACUGCGCUCAUACUUCUGACUUAUGCUCCCUCUUCGCAAGCAAAACCCAUCAGUCUGGUGGAGAGAUGCUACUGUCGUUCAACGGUCAACAGCCUCCCUCGGGGAUACAUUCGAGAGCUACGCUUCAUCCACACGCCAAACUGCCCCUUCCAAGUCAUCGCCAAAUUGAAGACCAACAAAGAGGUGUGUGUGAACCCCGAAAUCCGAUGGCUGCAGCAGUACCUGAAGAACGCCAUCAACAAGAUGAAAAAAUCCAAACGUGUCAACUAA